UAUUGAACGCAAACAAAGUCUUUAUUAUUUGAGUUUCAAAACUAGUGUUCAAUUGAAUUGUAUAGCGAUUUGCGUUCAACUAAUCACUGGCCAAAGCCAUUGACGACUGCACUGACGACAGGAUUGAGGACUGGAUUAGAUUUGGGCGAAGAGUAAUCGAUGUCUGAUUCGGGCAAUGAGUGCGGCGACGACGGGAGGGGCGGAUACGGCGGUUGUGAGGGUCCGGACGCGAUGUACGUGAAGCUCAUCUCUUCGGACUCUCACGAGUUCAUCAUCAAGAGAGAGCACGCGCUCACCUCCGGCACCAUUAAGGCCAUGCUCUCCGGACCAGGUCAAUUCGCCGAAAACGAGACAAAUGAAGUGCAUUUCCGGGAAAUCCCUUCGCAUGUGUUGCAGAAAGUGUGCCAAUACUUCACAUACAAAGUGCGCUACACUAACAGCUCGACCGAAAUCCCUGAGUUCCCGAUCGCACCCGAGAUUGCAUUGGAGUUAUUAAUGGCCGCGAAUUUUCUCGAUUGUUAAUCAAAACUUAUAUUUCAUUUUGAAAUCACAAAUAAUAUGUUAUUAAUGGGAGAAUACUUACACUACAUAUAACUCCUG